GUGUUUAUAUACUCCUCACCAAUUCAUUUAUACGUAGUUAAAGCUGAAAUAGUGAAAAAUAGUGAAAUUUUAACAAUUUAUCAUCUUUGCAAUGAGAGCAAAAAACCGCCCUCAAAAUUCGGAAAUGAAAAAACUCUGUAGGUGGUGGAAAGUUAUGGGAGAAAGUGGGGAUCAUCUACGACGGCCUAUUUUUGACCCGGGAUGAAGGGGGAGAAAGAGAGAGAGAGAUUGAGACCAAGUUUAAACAGUCCAUGUCGUGCAGUAGUUGGGUGACGUGAACUAGAAGAUAGGAACCAGAUAACACAUCUACAUCCCCACCCACAUUUCACAUUAGAGCAUCGGAACGGGAAGGAAGGCUGCUUUCACCACCAACUGAUUUUACCAACUGGGACAAAUUUCUUUUACUUUCUUGACUUGAUUUGAAGAAAACUCCAUACGGCGAGGCAGUCGAUAAUGGAUCGAGCAUUCGCCUACCAGCAGCAGCAGUAGCUCUUCUAAUAACAGCCUGUUUGAACUCGACUCGCUGGCCUAUGUUACGGGGAUCAUUUUUGCAGUACUUUCGCGAAAACUGCAAUCUGUCUGAGAAAACUGACUGAAAAGUAACUCUAGAAGACUGGGUCGUUACAUCGUUGUCGUCGGAUGAUGAUGAUGUCACCUACCUCGGAUUGCCUGUCACGGACUGAUUAAUUUAAAUUUUAAGUUUGGCUAGUAGGGCUGCCUUUUUACCACACAGUACUUAUUUUAGUAAUUAUAUCGAAAAUCAUUAUUGUCCUUCCUAUACGACAAGUAAGGGUCUCCCCGUUCAUUCAUUAUUAACGAUCAGUUGCCUAUACAGUCAAAGUCUGAAUGAAAGUCACUGCUUAUUGUCCUACAUACUACUAAAAUCGAAUUCAAGAACUGCUGAGAAAGCCAAGCAAGACUGAUAUUUUGAGUAAUAAUUUUUGAGGAUAUAAUUACUAUCCAGCACGACGGAAUCCCCUGACCCUAUAAAAUAGAUAGACAAAGGUCAAAGUAGGAAUGCAUUUCGUCAAGUCAUAAAUGACCAAACUCUAACGAAGAGCAAAGAUCAAUCAAGUUUCUCUGCAAAUUGUCACAGCAUUGCAGAUUUUUCAUUAAAACCAACCUUCCAUCACACAUACUCAUUACCUGGAUCUGGACGAUUGAAACGCCCACCUGGACAGGAAAUUACUCUCUGGAGAAAGAUUUCAUCCUUCAACACCACGUCGCUUCACCUGCAUUGUUCAAGACCGUUAUUAAGUCAAGAUCGAAAAUGAGAAGUUAUUGUGCGUGUUAGUCGUGGUUGCUACUGGGUCAUAGUGGAGGGUGAGGGUGCGGCUAGUGGUGGGAGUGGGAGUGGUGGUGGGGAAAGUAGUUCGAGUACCAGUACGGUCAGCGGCGAGGUUGAGAAAGAAGUCACGCUGGGUGGGAAGGUGUUAAGAGGAAGUGGGACUCUGUUCCUUCCGUUCCUUAUGACACAGCAGCAGCGGCGUCAGGAACACACCAUGAGAACCGCUUUCGCUCCAGAUCUCUUCAACUGCGCUCCCUCCAGGGCUCAAUUAUACAAGGAAGAAGCCGUCAUAGGCAAUGGUGCGUAUGGAACAGUUUACAAAGCUAAAGAUAUCAACGACCCCACACGCUAUGUUGCCCUAAAGAAAGUGAGAAUACCCGUUAACGAGGAUGGUGUUCCAGUUUCCAUUCUUCGAGAAAUUUCCCUAGUUCGACAAUUGGACAGGUUUAGACACCCCAAUGUAGUCCGGUUCCUUGACGUUUGUCAUGGACCAAGGGUUGGCGCUGAACAAAAUCUUACUCUCUUUCUGGUUUUUGAAUUCGUUGAGAAGGAUUUGGCAAAAUAUAUUCGGGAAGCGAAACCGGAUGAUUUGUCGCCUGCCAAAGUUAAAGACAUAAUGUUUCAAUUGUUGUGCGGGGUGGAUUUUCUUCAUAGUCAGCGAAUAGUCCACCGCGACUUGAAACCACAAAACCUCCUCAUUUCUCGUACUGGUCAAGUAAAGAUUGCUGAUUUUGGAUUGGCAAAAGUUUACGAUUUCACCAUGAGGCUGACUAGUGUUGUGGUAACCCUCUGGUACCGUAGUCCAGAAGUGCUGCUGGGCUGUACAUAUGCCACUCCUAUUGAUAUGUGGUCAGUUGGCUGCAUCUUUGCCGAAUUGAUCAAAAGACGACCCCUAUUCCCAGGAGCGACAGAGAGAGAUCAAUUAGAAAAAAUCUUUGACAUUAUCGGAACACCCAAAGAUGAACAAUGGCCAGCCGAAUCGAGAGUUCUACCCAUCAAUUUCUCUCCCAGAAUGGCACGAAACCUUGAAGUCGUAUUUCCUGAACUUGACGAAAAAGGUAUCUCCUUGCUGGAAAAAAUGUUUACGUUCAAACCACUCGAAAGAAUAAAUGCCCGUGACGCACUGCUGCACCCUUAUUUUGACGGGCGAGCAAUACCUCCCGUACUUCUUAGCGUACCACCCGCAAGGGUCAUGCUGCCAGUCCGGUCACCAAAUCCGUUUUCAGUAUCAUCAGUACUUAAUACUUCAACUACUUCGACAACCUCGUCUUUAAAUUCAUCCAUCUCCGCUGACGAUUCUGGAUAUGGUUCCAUGAUUUCGCAAUGACAUAAGGGGUAUCUAGGCUUCGUAACAAAUUCGCCGAUUCGUCAAACCGCAAAUAACGCCACUACAGUCUAAUACAUAUUUUGCAAGAAUUCAGUAUGAUGAAUGACUGGGCGACAGUGAUAUGUAAAGACAAGUUUUGAUUUAUUCACAAAUCAAUCCAAAUAUAUUUUUAGCCGUUUUAAAACUACUAAAAUAAUUCUACUACUACUGCGUAAAUACUAAAAAAAAUGAUAGAAUUUUUGGUUUUGGGAGUUAUCCUGAAAAAUAUUUGACUAAUUAACGGACACGAAUUUUUGUAAUUUAUCUACGAAAGUGUAUUAAUUUUUUCAAAUUUGUACUGAACCGAGAAUAUCGAGAUAUAGGCACGUUCGAAAGUUUAGUAGUGGAUGUUAUUUAUGUGACUCAACUAAACUUGACACAUGACCAUUAUCACGACAACUUGAGAUUAGUGCUGUUCUAGUCCCACUCGAUUUUUACGCAUACAUAAUUAAUUAAUAAUAUUCUCGUCCUAUUAAGAGUACUAUUAUUAUUACCUCCUCCUGCCUGUCGUGUUUCGCCUCGUGUCGCUGGUAUUAGCUUUAACUUAUCAUCACAUAGGUAUUACAACUUGCUUUUAAUAGGCUUUUCUAAGAAGGUUGGUUCAAGAGAGAAAGUCUAAAUGUACUGUUGGAAAUGGACUGUUAUGCCACUUUGUGGCUUUUAUAACUGGGUACGCUUAUUAAUUGUAAUCAAUAGUUAUGGUACACCUAAGAAAUUACGAUUUCGUGACUUGAUUAUUUAAUUAUAUUUAGAUAUUAGUAUAUGUAACUAGACUAAUGAUUGAUGACUAUUAUACAUAUUACGCUAUUAUUAUUUGUAAACUAUUUAGUGAGGGCGAUUGCGCAUGUACAUAAUAUUUAACUUAUUGUAUUGUUAUAUUUAUAAUUACGUGUAAUAAUUACAAGUAAUUUAUCGUAUCCCUUUAAUUUAACCGUUAAAGUCGAAAAAUGGAUUCAUACAUAAUUGAAUUUAAUACCAUUGAGAUUUUUAAAAUCGUUAUUGAAAUUAUUACGUAAUUAAGGUUUUGCUUUGACUGUUGCUGAAAGAAAUUGUCAUCGAGUAAUUUCCUGUAGUCGUGAAUUGCAUACCCGUGCAUAUCCAGCUAAACUUAUCCCUUUGAUUAAUCCAACCACAUAAACAGGGACUUAUCAGUACACAAUAAUAUGUCUUUGCUCAAAUCGAAGUUUACCUUGAUACCUGAAAUCAUCCCAUAAUCAAGUACCUUGCUGAUUAAAAACUAAAGAUUUCACUAGUACGCGUAAAUACUACAUUAGUGAUAACCAGAUAGAUUUGAAUAAAUAAUUAGUCUAAAUACAUCAACGAGUGAAACUCCUCUGCUUUACAAUUUGACAAUGAAAAUGUUAAACAAACAAUGACUCUGAUAGCGUACAUAAUAGUUUAUCAGGUUCUGAAAUUACUGUAUUUUAACAAAUAAUUUCUAUAUACAUAUCUGUGUACAUACAUCAUUGCGUCCAGAAGAGGAAGGAGAAGAGUUCAUUUCGGUUUUAACGGGUCGAGUUUGAAAGAACAAUAAAUUAUGAAAUAAACAAAAAUUAGCAGGACCAUUGUUUUUCAUAGUAGCAUUUUCUGGAGCAGAGAGACUUGAGAUAUUGCACUAUAUGCAUCUAAAUAAUUGUGCAUGUAAUGUGUUAUCGAAAAAAAUAUUUUAAUUAUAAUAAGAGUUAUCAAAGAUAACUGGGUAUAAAAUGUGGAGAAAAGUGGUUUUAUUCAUGUGUACAUUCACAUUUAAUCAUGUAUUUAUUCCAUGUUUAUUAUUACUUAUUUAGAAUUUGUUUAUGUAUGUUGUGUGUGGAUUAUGUAUGGAAGAUGUCAUGUUCAUAAAAAUGUUUAUAUGUGCAUUAUGUAUAACAGAAAUAUUAUUGAUUGUGUAGAUUAUAUUGGAAAUGAAUAAAAUGACAAUUUUUAAAGACCACAAA